UCGUAGGCCAUAAACGGCGGCAAACGCAGUUCGCAGGUCGCUGUGUGUAUAUUUGGCGGGAGUUAGUUUGUGAAUGUGCCAAAUCGAGUUGCGUCCUAACUAGUGAUUCUCCAACUUCCACAUUCGUUUAGGAGCAGGAUAUACUACACCCUUCGCAAUUAGCUGCUCUCUGAAUGAUAUCUUAAUCGAAGCAACAUGGCGAACGGACCCCGAAAUUUUUUUCAUCGAAACUUACUCACCAUCCUAACAGUAGCAGGAGUAGUUGGAGGUACCAUUACUGGCAUCGUCAUAAGAGCAACCUCAGGUGGUCACUGGAGCAAAAGAGAUGUUAUGUACCUAGCUUUUCCUGGUGAAAUCUUCCUUCGGAUGUUGAAGUGCCUCAUUAUUCCGCUGUUGAUGUCUUCAGUUAUUCAAGCAAUUGGCUCGUUGGACUUAAGUUUAUCGAGAAAGAUUGCGAUUCGUUCGAUAUUGUAUUACGCGACUACCACAGUGUUUGCAGUUGUAUUGGGCAUUUUUCUUGUGCUAACAAUUCGACCGGGAGUUGGUGCAACGCCGUGGUCUGGAGACGAGUCGGAAAGGGUGACACGACACGUGCUUACGCAAGAUACACUACUUGAUUUAAUACGAAACCUUUUCCCGCCAAAUAUUAUUCAGGCCUGCACUUCUCAGUCGCAGACCUUCCUAAUAGAACCAAAAAAUGAAACUGUAAAGAAAAUGGGACACGAGUACUGGAAAUUUGAAGAACGUUACGAACCGACAACAAACGUAUUAGGUCUGGUGGUAUUUUCAAUUACCUUUGGAAUAACGUUAGGAAAAAUGGGCGAAAGAGCCAAAAUUUUAUUGGAAUUUUUCAAUGCACUUAGUGAGAUCAUGAUGAUAAUAACUAGUUGGGUAAUUUGGAUUUCGCCAAUCGGAGUAUUUUUCUUAGUAGCAGCUAAGGUAUUAGAAGUAGCGAGUUUUGCUGAUCUCAUUGGUAGACUUGGACUAUAUUUUGCUACUGUAGUAACAGGAUUAUUUUUGCAUGGAUUUGGCAGUCUAUCUAUUAUUUACUUUGUUGCUGUGCGAAAGUUACCUUUUAAAGUUAUUAUUCAACUUAGUCAAGUCUUAGUCACUGCAUUUGGUACGGCAUCUAGUUCAGCUACCAUGCCCAUCAGUAUAUCGACCAUGGAUAAGAUGGGUGUAGAUCCAAGGGUAACCAGAUUUGUAAUUCCAAUUGGUGCUACGAUUAAUAUGGACGGAACUGCUUUAUAUGAAGCCGUUGCUGCCAUAUUUAUUGCGCAGUUAAAAGAUAUUCCGCUGACUUUUGGGAAAACGGUAGCUGUUUGUGUAACUGCAACAGCGGCAAGUAUAGGAGCUGCCGGCAUUCCACAAGCUGGCCUCGUUACGAUGGUAAUGGUACUAGACACUGUAGGACUCCCUUCCGAGGAAGUGAUUAACAUCAUUGCAGUGGAUUGGCUUCUAGAUCGAUUUAGGACGACAAUAAAUGUAAUGUGCGACUGUUUGGGUGCUCAAUUGGUAGACUACUUAAGCGUUGGUGAACUCGGAUCUCUACCAGAAGCUGAGAAAAUUAAUGCUCAACAACCACAAGAACUAGUCGAACUUUCCAAAGUAGACAGUAAUUUAAGUUAAAAACUUAAAACUAGGGAUUUUUAAAUUACAUAAAUCCAGACAUAAUGAUUGAUGGUAGAAAUAUUAAUUGUCUUUUGACUGAUUGGAAAUGAAGAUGAAAACAGUUCAUUCAUAUACAGGGUAUUUAACAAUUAAUUUAUUAGAAAAAUUGUAUUGAUUUUAUGUAUCCAAAUUCUGUUUUCAGACUUAUUUUUAAUUGAGUUAAAUUAAUGUUAACUGCCUAACGUAAAGUGUUUAGUACUUCUACAUGUUUUUAAAAAUACACCAUAGUGUGCAUAACUAAAGUAAACCAUGUUUUCUAAUGUUACCUACCUAUAAAUGUUAUUGUUGUUGAUGGUGUUCAGUAUUGAAAAUAUACUUUCUAAAGUUGUAAAAACAAUUUUAUUUUCAUAAAAGCUAGAUAUAAUUAGAUACAGAUAUAAUUUUGGGGGAGAAAUGUAUUCUCUUUGAAAAACUUUAUUUUCUAUGAAAACAUUGAUUAAGAAGAAUUUGUUUAUAACUAGUGAUGGAAUUUUUUUGGGACUAGUCCGAUAAACAUGUCCGGAAAAUUAGUCGACUUUGGGCAUAGAAAACACACAGUUAAAUGUUUCUCCAUUUUGGAUGCGUUUUGAGAACAAUAUUUGCAUUUGUACUUUUUUAGGCAAAUCUUUGGUAAUAUAAUUCCAAACUUUGGAUUUUUUGGGCAAUUUUCUCGUUUAUAUCUUCAUAAAACAAAAGAAAAAUUUGAAAACACCGCUAAAAUAUAUAAAAGUCAGUAGUCAUUUGUCGUUUCUUCUUUUUUAAACUAUUUUUUGCCUUUUAUUGUAAGAAAUCCAGCCAAAUUAUUUAAGUUAAUUUUCUACUUUUGAAAAAUGUGUUUGGACAAGUCAACUGCUUAGUUUGUCGGACUUAUGUGUGGACCUUUUCAAGCGACCCGUCACUAUUUAUAACAUAACCUCAUAAUAUAUACGUAAGUUGAAGACUCAUAUUUUAUCGUGCCAAAUACCUAAUGUUGCCAAUUUUCGUAUAAGAUCGAUUAUGAUAUAUUUUUUUUAUUUAGGUAAUAACUAUCUUUUUUAAAAGUAAGAGGACCAAAUUUUAAUUUAACCCUUUCGCGUAUAAUCUGUAAAUGAUCUCUAGCCAAGAUAACCGUUCAUUCAAAUUUCAAGGUAAUUCAAAUUAAUAUAGUAACCAAAUGUUUAACGAAAAUAGCAAAUAAUGACAACACAUAAGGUGUAAGGUGUAAUACAAUACAAAAAAUGUUUAAUUGUAUUAAACGAUGAAGGAAUACCGCAAAAUAUAAGAAACAAGUUCUGCUAAAGUCAGCUAAACAAGCUAAAGAACUAUUUAUAGUACGUCUCGUCACAGCGUUUAGCCCCUACUAUUUUAUAGUAUUCUGAAAUCAUUGUACAAAAAUAUGGAAUAUAAGUUUAAAAUUUUUGAAAAAAAAAACGCACAUAUACCAUUUUACACUAAACUUUAUUAAAGAAAAAACGCACAUAUACCAUGUUACCCUAUACUUUAUUAAAGAAUAAUUAAACACAUACGCAGUUUAAGCCAAAAAUAAAAGAGAACCCUAAGAACGAAUCGAAAAGGAAAAAAUCAAUGAAAAACUCUAUAACCACUUGAGUAGAUACCUUUUCAAUAGUUUUCUUCUUUGCUACUUUCGUUGAUAUCCGGUAAGGUAUUUGGUAUAUCAUCUUUGGUUUUUAAAUUUUUAUAGAAGUCGUGGAAUGGGUCAGAAAUAUAAGGCAUAAGUUCUAUCAAGCUCUUUUUCUUUUCCACAUUGAUGGGAUUGGGACCGUUGUAUGAUAAAGGUAUUUUUAUAUAUUUUGACAAUGUUUUACCUUUUCAUAAGAAGUUAACUGUUUUAAACAGCUCAUCUUCGUUCAAACUGGUUUUAUACUCAAGAAUACUUGGGUUUUGAGACACCCUUAACCACUUUAUCUCCUUCCAUGAUAGUUGUUCUCCAGAGUCAGUAACUUUCCUUUGUUGUAAGAUAGUUUUAUAUAAAGACGAAAAUUAAAAAAAAUCUGUAGACAUUUCAGUAACUAAAAAAGUUUAUCCAGUCUCGUAGAUUCUCUAUUAGAAAAGGGUUUCUUUUUUUUUUUUUGUUUUUUCUUUAUAAUGGAGUGAUCGGAAUCACACUCCAUAUGUGUGUGUGUGUGUGUCCAGGAAUGAGAAAUUUAUGGUUUAUGAAACGUAGAUUCAGUUUAUUUUUUAAAACCAUCAUGUACAAAGCAGGUAAAAAUGAAUUUUUAUUUUGUUCAGGACACGUAUCUGAAUAAAGUGUCACUUCUUUUAUUUCCGUGUUGUUCAAGAGGUGCCUAUAUAAGCACGAGGCAAUUUGAUUUGCUCCGCGACCGGCCAUACCUUCAUGCUACAUGAAACAUAUUGCAUGAUUAUUGCUGCAGUCAUGUAAUGUUAAAUUAAAUGUCCAUAAUUGGCGUUUAUAAAAUUCUAUAGAUGUUUAAAGGUCUGGUGUAGGCAGGCAUUGUUGAAGAUUGAAAGUGUAAAUGCGUUUUGAUGGAUCUUUCAAAGCUGCGUUUUUGUCCAAACGCUUGGCACAAUAAGCAUCUGCUGCUUCUUUCUGAUGAACGUCGAGUUGAACUUGAAUUCCUUGCCUCCUGUUGACAUCCUAGUUGUUUUUAAAAGCAUAUGAAAUUUGUCGCAUGUGGCGCAGGUGUCCUUACUAGGGGUUUUAAUUUUUAUUCCCAUAGAGCGAAAAAUUUCUUGAUAUUUAAAUUUUGAUACUGGUUUCUUUUCUUCAGAUAACCAUUUUUUAUAUUUAUCCUGCAUUCUUGUCAAAGUAUAGUAAUGGGGAAGAUAUUGCUUUGAUGAGUCUUUUCGGCAAUAGUGACUCUCAUAAGCUGGAAUGGAUGAUAUAUGAGCUUUCGCUAAAUUGAUGUCUUCCUCAGGAGUUUUACUAGGUGGUGGCGCCAGGCCUCGUAAGUCAUCGUGUGGUAUUCCAAAAACUGAAGAGCUUUUAUUUUUUAUGACAUCGGAAAGAAAUUAAUUUGUCUCAUUUGAAUCGGUCAUUUGAGAAACGACACAUGUCACACUUUUGGCCAUUUUGUUUUUAUUACAAAAAUACAGUAUUUAAAGGUAAAUUAUAAUUAUUGAAUUAUACCCAAAAUAUAGCAAGUUUUAAACGAUAAGUGUACAGAACUAUUUUUUAACCAUGUUUUGAGAUUUUCAUUUUUUUCUUAUUUUUUGAAAAAUGAUCUACAACUGACAUGUGCUGUGUCUCAAAUGACCGAUUCAUUUAGAGUUCUUAGGGGACAUUUUUGCCAAAUUUGAACUAUUUGCCCGCCUAUUGGUAUAACAUAUUUAUGUGUAACUUGUCUAUUUUUAUGUUUUUUCCAUCCAUUUUACGUUUUUCUGUUUUUUUUUUCUUCUGUUGUUUCAAGUGAGGCUAAAAAAUAACAGGUUUAUUAAAAUUGUCCUGUGUCUAGUACUCUUUAAAAACCUGUUGUCGCUUUUCUUCGGAAAUUAUUUCCUUACAUCUAAGUCGGCAAUUUAAAAGCUCUUGGCAUUUUUUAUCUUUGAUUACCUUUCCUUUUUUUGUAUAUUUUUGAAUAUUCCAAGAGAAAUUAUUUAUUUUAGAAAAACACCCGUACGAACUACUGCACAACACCAUACGCAUAGCAAUACUGAAACAAACUGAAGGAUUCUGCUAUAAAUAAAACAAUUUUUUCUUUGGCUUUAAUACAUCUAGAUUUAUACUAGUUCUCUCUAUUGAAAGGUCAAGUGUUUUUGAAGCCACAUGUAUACUUACAUUUUUUGACUUAUACCACUGUUCUCCAACACCCGCAAAUUUAUUUUUAUGUAAUUUCAGUAAAACCCUAUUACAGUAAUCUUGAAUUUUAGUGUUAAUUUAUUGAAAGUCAAGUCUAAUGAAACUGCUGCAAAUUUGUAGUCUAUUCACAAGUUAUAGACCCACUAGUCAUUCACUCCAUUUAUGUAUUCCUGUACGGUAUUUUCAUCAGCGAAAGGGUUAACAAAUAUUUGCAAUUUAUUCAAAAUGUUUUUUCUGAUUUAAUCAUGUAAUAAAAAUAUUCAUUUUUUUUAUUUUCUUUAAUAUUUCAUUGUAAAUGUUUUUAAUGGAUUAACUAAAUGUAAAGUAGAAAAUAUAUGUAAAUAUUCAUAUUUAAGGAAGUAUAAUUUACCGUUGAAGUUUCGACAUAAUUUUAAACAUGUAUAAGUAUAAUAGUUAUGACAUUAAAUAUAAGAACC